AAGAAACAGUGCGUGAAGUAACAUUCACGUGAACUGCAUUAAAGCUGGAUAACAAGUGAACACUAUCAACAGGAAUGCGAAUAACAACUCAAUGUUAUUCAGUGGGCUGUUUUACAGAGAGUUUGGAGAGGGUGGAGGUGUGGUUUCAGCGCGCGCUUUGGCUCAUGAUGGUCAUUUGGCAUUCUACGCUCGAGGAGGGAACGACGUGUACUUGUCCUGGAAGAUAAUGCCAUAUUUAAGGAUUUUGUUUUCUAAAGAUAAUAUUGUCUUAUAGUUGUCAUCAUUUCAGCUGCGAUGAGCGAUGGAGAGAGAGGGGAACAGCUGUGGUAGAGAGACAGUAAAGGGAGGAGGAUCUCAGUGAGACUCAGAUGCUGCACCAGGCAGGAGCAGAGAGAAGUCAACCGUAGAGAACAUUAGGAAAAGAGGAUGACCACUGCAAAGGAAUACGUCUAAAAGAAUAUGAAGGAAUAUCUUUGUGUGCUUUGACAAGUGGCAUUACAACAGAUCAGAAUGGGAAAUACAGAUAGUCAGUACAGCAGUUUCAUCAUCCCUGGUAAGGGAAAAUCUAGCUCCCUGAAGCCUCACACCUCUAAAGAGGAGGUACUGUCCCCGCACUCUUGGUGGAGGAACUCUGAGAGCACGUCUGGAUACAAGGCCAAAAAUGGUUUUUCACCACACAAGAAUAGCCAACCUUACAUCUCCCGCCAUUAUGACUGCAUUAAGGGGAGAUCCAGUGAUAAAAUAUGUGCAGAGAACCACCAAGACGUUUUAUUCCAGGGAAAUGGUUUCUUUGUAGGCUGCAGACAACAGACUGGAGGCCUCCAGGCCCCUAUGAGGAGCCCCAGUUCUGAGCUUAAAGAGAGUAAGAGCAGUCCCAAAGUUCUUUUUCGUGAGGGUGGAAGUCUGAGGGUAGAGUUUACUAAUGCGCGGAGGGAUCCGGAUGUUGAGCUGUCACUUGGCAGUUGUCUCAGUGGACCUGUUGAUGCUACCCAAAGGGCCAGUAAUGGGAGCUCUCUUAGUUCUGAGGGCUCAUGGUAUGACUCACCCUGGGGGAAUGGGACAGAUCUGUGUGACAACGUCUUCACCACCAGCCAGCCUUCAGACAACAGUAGUGGAUAUACCACACUCUCAUCCACCCGUACAGUGGACCUUGGAUGUAUUAGUGGUUACACUACAGAGCAGUCUGAGAACCAUAUGGGUAGCCUCACCUGCCAAACCACAGCUCAUGGCAGUCAGUAUGCAAGCAGUGAUUCCUAUAGUAAUGGGUACAAUACCAACCACGCUGAGGGGGACAGUGGUAUUGGAGACUCUGUGCUCCUUCAUUUGGAACAUAAUGGAUUAUCUGACCUAUACACAAAUCCCAACAUGACUGUGCCAUUCCCUACCGUGGGCAUCCUAGCGGCGGAUCAACUAGAGCACACUCCUCACCUCCAAGCCUCACUGACCUCUUCCCUGGAUGCGAACUCCCAAGACGAGAGUCAGGAAACCCAGCAUUACACCUCACAUACCCUACCAUGCAGAAAAGCAGUUCCUGAUGGGAACACAAGGAAGGACUCACUCAAAAGUCGCAUCCGCCGCCUCAGCGAUUGGACGGGAAGUCUGAGUAGGAAGAAGCGGAGGCUGCAGGAACCUCAGGAACAAAGUACUGUGGACUUUACAGAGGUUUUCAACUGUGGAGCUGGGGGCACGCUAGAGGAAUCCAGUCCAUUUUGGAAUCCCAUGUCCUCCCAGACAAAGUUGGACUGCUCUGGGUCGUUAACGGGCCAAUUUGGGCAUCAGAACCAGGGUGCGGUCCUGAGGCAGAACAUCUACGAGAACUUUAUGCAGGGACUGGAGACUGGCAGUAGCAGUGGAACUGCUGAUGGACCCCAGGUCUGGGAAUGUGAAGGGGAGAGCAGCAGUGGCUCAAUGGGCUCCUUGGAGCAAAUGGACUUCCUGUUUGAGAAGGAGCAAGGUGUUGUGCGGAGGGCUGGUUGGCUGGCUUUUAAGCCCCUCAUUACCCUCCACAAGGACCGCAAACUGGAGCUGGUAGCAAGACGCAAGUGGAAGCAGUAUUGGGUUACGCUCAAAGGCUGUACACUUUUGUUAGGUGAAUCCAAUGGAAAGACCUCCCCAGAGCAGGAAUGCACACCACAUUACGCAGUGCUUGCUGAGGACAGUAUUGUGCAGGCAGUUCCUGAGCAUCCCAAAAAAGAGAAUGUCUUCUGCCUCAGCAAUGCCUAUGGAGAUGUCUAUCUCUUUCAGGCUGCAAACCAAACAGACCUGGAGAACUGGGUGACAGCCAUCCAUUCUGCCAGUGCAUCAAAUUUAGCUAAGCGUCAGGGGAAGGAAGACACUCUACGUUUGCUGAAGAGUCAAAGCAGAGCUCUCCUGCAGAAGAUCGACAUGGAUGGCAAAAUGAAGAAGAUGGCAGAGCUGCAGCUGUCUGUCAUCAGUGACCAGAAGAACAGGAAGGCUAUUGAGAGCCAGAUCCUGCAAUGGGAACAGAACCUGGAGAAGUUUAACCUAGAGCUCUUCCGCAUGCGCUGUUACCUGGCUAGCCUGCAGGGCACAGAGCUGCCCAAUCCAAAAAGCCUGUUAGCCACUGCUGGACGCCCAUCUAAAAUGAUGUUAGGUCGUCUGGGAAUUUUCUCUGUCUCAUCCUUUCAUGCGCUGAUAUGCACUCGUGAUGAGGCCACCCUGAAGAGACGAUCUCGAUCUCAUCCUCGAGGUAUGCGGAACAAACGAGGACUACUGUUUUCUUCACAGAAGGGAUUGGACAGUUUGACCAAACGCAACUGUGAAAAGAGACAGUCCCUGUCCCAGAUAUUUGAAGGAUAUUCCUCUGGAUCAUUUGGUCAUCCAUCCACGCAAAGCAGCUCAGAGAAGCUGGACGUGUUUACCAAACUGCAUUUAACAGUGCCACCUGAAGGUCAUCCUUGGGACUGCAGUCUGGAAAGCCGGGCUUAUGUGCUCAUGCCGGACAGACAGGUCAUCAAUGUGCCAGUCAAACAGGACUCUCUGGUUUCUGAUGUUCUCUCAUUGGCGUGCAAGGUAAAGCAACUUGACCCGGCUCUGCACUGCCUGCACAUGAGGAGACAUUUAGGACAAGAUGUGGAGAGAAGCACUCCAUCGCCCACAGACCUGCUGAGGACCCUGGUCUACGAUGAACUGGAAGUUUGGCCUCUUAAUGUGUUCACCUUAAACAUGUCCCGUCCAGACAUAACCAUAGACUUUGGUUUUGCGGUCACAGGCCAUGUGGAUGGUGCCAGGAAGAGUCAUGUCUAUGUGAGUGAGGUGAAUCCUGAAGGCUUGGCAUUUAUUGAAGGUCUGAGAGCAGGAGAUGAGAUCUUGACUCUUAAUGGCAUGAGUGUGGCCUCUCUCGACCUCGGCCUCAUGCAGAGCUUCUUCAGCCAACAAGAUCUCCAUCUUGUCCUCAGACGUGAGGAGAACAGCUCAGACGACCAGUGCUCCAUUUGGCCAGACUGUGACCCCAGUGAACCUGAUCAACCUCAGCCUCCUAAGAGCGACAUCAUUCACCCGGAGCAGCUGACCACUGAUCCAUCUCAAGAGCAGGAAUUUCCCGAGGGCUCCGUGGCGCCUGCUUUGGAGGAGGUGAACGAUAAGGCCGAGCGCGGCGGAAAGAACCCAGAGACGGUGUGUAAUCUCUAUCAGACGUUCCCUGAAGGAUCCAUUCUCAUGCCAGAGGGCCACAGGAACCCUUACUCCAAUGAAAAUGCCCUUGCCAGGUCUUCUCCCCGUCACAUGUCUGUCACUGAGCGCCUGCGCAUGGUUAUUCAAGAGCUGGUGGACACAGAGAAAUCUUAUGUCAAGGACCUUGGAUCUUUGUUUGAGAUCUAUCUGAAGCCAUUACAAAGAGAAACAUUCCUUAGUCAUGAUGAGAUGGAGUCUCUGUUCGGCAGCCUGCCAGAAAUGCUGGACUUCCAGAGGGUUUUCCUACAAACCCUAGAGGAGAGAACAACUUCCUCACCGGACUACCAUGCACUGGAGACUCCAGAGAAACUUAAGAAACUCCUUUUUUCCCUGGGCGGAUCUUUCUUAUACUAUGCAGAUCACUUUAAGCUUUACAGCGGCUUCUGCGCCAAUCACAUUAAGGUGCAGAAAGUUCUCGAAAGAGCAAAAACAGACCGGGCGUUCAAAGAGUUCCUGGAGGCGAGGAACCCCACCAAACAGCACUCGUCCACCCUGGAGUCAUACCUCAUUAAACCUGUGCAGAGGGUUCUGAAGUACCCGCUGCUGUUGAGGGAGCUGGUGUCUCUCACCGACCCCGAGAGCGACGAGCGCAACCACCUCACAGAGGCGUUAAAGGCCAUGGAAAAGGUGGCCAGUCACAUAAAUGAGAUGCAGAAGAUUUAUGAGGACUACGGCACAGUGUUUGACCAACUAGUGGCAGAGCAGAGUGGCCCUGAGAAGGAGGUCACUGAGAUCUCCAUGGGAGAGUUCAUCAUUCACAGCUCAGCACUCUGGCAAAACCCUCUUCCCUCUUUGGGCCGCAUGAGAAAAGACCCUGAACUCACCCUCUUCCUCUUCAAGAGAGCGCUCAUUUUGGUGUAUCGGGAAAGCAAGCUAAAGAAAAGAAUGACUUCUUCACGGCCCGGGGAUCUGGAUCCUUUUAAAUUCCGCUGGCUCAUUCCUGUAUCCUCCCUUCAGGUCCGACCUGGAAAUUCAGCAGGGUCAGAGAAUCCUUGUGUUUGGGAGGUUGUUCACACUAAGUCUGAAGUGGAGGGACGACCAGAGAUGUUCUUUCAGCUCUGCAGCAGUAAUCUGGAGAACAAGGCCAAUGCAGUGAGGGCCAUCCGUGCUCUCUUGAGAGAGAACGCCAAGCGGACGGCUCCAGUUGAGCGCCGAUUCAAAGAUUUAAAUUCUAACUUCACCUUCCCCAGGAGAAGCCACCCAGGAGCACUAAGAACAAACUCCUGGCAGAGGCUGCCGCCACAGCCAAAAACUUUAGACUCAGAUGAGGGCAGACUGCUUGACGGAUACGCUCAUUCUGAGCCUCCCCUCCCUAGCCGCUUGCUCAGACCCUCUAGAGACGAGAACUCUACUCUGAGCAAGAGCUCCACGUUGUGCUCCCUGACCAGUGCCUUAGAAGCUCAACUCCAGAGACUGAAUUUUGUAGAAGAACCCCAAGGCAUGAGCAAGAGCAGUACCAGUAGCCUUCAGGGCAGUCAGGUGACUCUGCUGGAUGACACUCCAGGUCUGGACCUCAACACCCUGCUGGCCAGGGACUACAGCGUGCAGAGCCUGGGUUCGGUCGUUAAUGAGGAUUGUUUUUACGACACAGUGAUGGGCAUUCAAAAAGCUGCCAUUCCCACACUGUAGAGGAGGUUGGUGCUACAAACAUUAAAAUGCACUAAAACAUGAUUUUCGUGCCUUGAUAUGAACAGCUCUUACCCAGACCGUUUUAUAUCUGUAGCUCUGUAAAAUCUAGUGAGCUGACUACUUAGACAGCAUUUUAAAAUCAUCAUAGGCACACACCAUUAUUAUGCUGUCCUCAGAGGUACUUUGCUUUGGUCAAGUUCUAAGGCAGCAUCACAUGUAAUCUUCAAGGUAAGUAUCCACACUCUAAAAAGUAAAUGUAAAAAAACUAAACAAAUUUACAUAGUAAAAUACCAUUUUCCAUUGAAGCAGUAGCUAAUAUAUCAGAAAAACAAUGCAUUCUGGGUAAUAUUAUUAGUCGUUUUCGAGAAAGUAACCUAAAGGUGACAAAUGUUACCCAUAAUGCAUUGUUUUUAACAGUAUAUUACUUCUGUAUAUUACAAAGUAUUCUGGGUAAUAUUAUUUGUCUUUUUGAGAAAGUGGCCUCUUUUAUAGACCUCUUUCUUAAAAUGACAAAUAUUACCCAGAAUGCAUUGUUUUUAUGGCAUAUCACUAUUUCAAUGGAAAACUAAAGUAUUUUACUGUGUAAAUUUUUGUUGUUGUUUUACAGUCAGACAAGAUGGCGGCGUUAAAGAGAAAUUUACGGUAUUUUUGAUUUUACAGUAUUUUUGAUAUAUACAUAUACAUACUUAUUUAAUACUGAUAAGUACACUGCCGGUCAAAAGUUUGGAAGAACUACAGUAAUAUAUUUAAUGUUUUUGAAAAAAAAUCACUUAUGCUCACCAAAUACAGUAAA